AUGUCGGACCCAGCAGACGGCUCGCAGAAGGUCCAGGUGGACCGUGCCGCAGAGACUUCGAUCAUUUUGCGCUCUUUCGCCGGUAUCGAAUCGCGGCUGGAUGAACUUGCCGAGCAGGUGGAUGCUUGCCUGCAGGAGCUGUUGGGAUUGAAAAAGGCUUCCUCCUAUCGGCACAAGCGGUCAAGUCACCGCCAUCGGGACACCGUGCUUCCCGUGAUCCCUUCGGAUCGCCCGACUUCGGCACCUGAAUCGGAGCCCGUCUGCCUCCUGCACACGCAGCAGCCGGGGAGUGUGCCCCGUUCUUCCGUGCCGAAGCCCAGAAGUCGCUCAUCCUUCUUCUCCUUCGGAUCCGACAGCACGGUGUCUGAUGCACAGUCGAGGAUGUCCACGAUAAGCAACGCAGGGUCGAUGCGCAACGAAAUGGUUUCCUUCAAAGAAGACAAGGCUCAGGUGGUGGAGUACACGCCUCCGGAAUGGAAAGACAAGAAGAGACGGAUCAUUCAGCCAGUUCGCAAGGUGGAUCUAAAGAUUGCGUGGCAGAUCCAUGCAAAGGAACUGAAGAA